AUGAGGUAUCGUAUCCUGAACCCCAUGGCUAUCCCUGAGGAAUCCUUUCUGGACAGCAGGAAGGCUGUGGAGAAGCUGCUGAGAUCACAGGACACACCCAAGGACUUAAUCCCUUAUUACCUGGCCAGUUAUUCCAGCUAUGUGGAGGCUCUGAACUCCAGAACUGGCCCUGCUUUUCUUCAAGUUCAGGCCUCUCCUGAGGAGCGCCACGGCAGAGGAGGAACUGGCCCUGCUUUUCUUCAAGCUCAGGCCUCUCCUGAGGAGCGCCACGGCAGAGGAACUGGCCCUGCUUUUCUUCAAGCUCAGGCCUCUCCUGAGGAGCGCCACGGCAGAGAAGGAGCUGGCCCUGCUUUUCUUCAACCUCAGGCCUCUCCCGAGGAGUGCCACUGCAGAGAAGGUACUGGCCCUGCUUUUCUUCAAGCUCAGGCCUCUCCUGAGGAGCGCCACGGCAGAGGAGGUGCUGGCCCUGCUUUUCUUCAAGCUCAGGCCUCUCCUGAGGAGCGCCACGGCAGAGGAGGAGUUGCCAAGUUGAAGGACGUGUUUGACAAGUCGGAGGCAAAGCACAAGGGGGUGCAGGAGAGACAGGUGGCCCUGAUCCAGGAGAAGAAUGACCCGGCCCUACAGCUGCAGGCAGAGCAGGACAACCUGAUGGAUGCAGAGGACUACUGUGACCUGCUGAUCAAGGCCAAGGUCAUAGAGCUGAAGGAAAGACUUGAGGAUGAGGAGAUGAAGGCCAGUCUGAACGCCAGUCUGAACGCCAGCCUGAACGCCAGCUUGAACGCCAGCCUGAACGCCAGCCUGAACGCCAGCCUGAACGCCAGCCUGAACGCCAGUCUGAACGCCAGUCUGAACGCCAGCCUGAACGCCAGCCUGAACGCCAGUCUGAACGCCAGCCUGAACGCCAGCCUGAAUGCCAGUCUGAACUCCAGCCUGAACGCCAGUCUGAACGCCAGCCUGAAUGGCAAGAAACACAAGCUGGAGGACGUGUGUGCAGAGCUGAAGAAAGACAGAUCUGGAGAUCACCAUGGCCAAGGUGGAGAAGGAGAGACAUGCCACAGAGAACAAGGUGAAGAACCGGAUGGAGGAGAUAGGUGUUCUGGGCGAGUCCAUGCUGAGCCUGACCAAGGAGAAGGCAGCCCUGCAGGAGGCCUACCAGCAGGCCCUGACUAACCUGGCCCUGACUAACCAAGGUCAAGCUGGAGCAGCAAGUGGACUAUGUUAGUAAAGGGACAUGAAAAACACACUUCACCAUAUACAGUAGCCUAACUAGCUCCUUAGUUAAACACAUAGCGUCUGUCAAUCAUUAAAAUGAUGGGUCACACGGCACAGCAUUACUUUGUUAUUAAUUUGUCAGAAAGUUAACUGACCUCGAGAAGCUAACCAAACUCACCUUUCUCUGCUUCUCGCUCUGUGUAGCAGAGUAUAAUUGUAGGCUAGUGGAACCGGAGGCUAUGAUACCAAGAUGUCCUUCAGCCAGAACACUAAGAAACAACUGUAGGAGAACAAGUUCAGAGGUCACACUUAGGUUAACUAAGUGGUCACCCGUACACAGUGCUUUCAGAAAGUAUUUAAACCCCUUGACUUUUUCAACAAUUUGUUAAUUUACAGCCCUAUU